UUCGGAAUCGUAUAAUGUAUCUGGACUUUGUCAUAUACUAAAAGUUUCAUUAUUGAUUAAACAAAAUGGCGCUUUGUUGGAAUUUUGCGUGUAUUUAUCUUUUUUAUGCGUUCCACUUUGUCAAAGGUUUGGAAACACAAAAACCGACCCUGAUUGCGACUCGGAUAGCUGCAAAUAAUACCAUCACACUGACUUGUAACAUUCUCGGAGGUACGGCACGCUCAGUUGGCUGGUACAGGAACCAAGGUCGAAUGGUCAUCUCUAUUGGUUACGUCAACGGCAUCUGUAAAACAAGUCCUCCUGAGCUGCCGUUUUCAACGGAGUGUCGGUGUUUGAAUAUAACCAUGUAUACUUGUACGCUGAUAGUGGAGCCGUCAGUGCAUAGCGGGGACGAAUGGGAAUGCGCGUUUGCAGAUAAUGGAUCAACUAUCAAAAGCAACCAAAUAAGGAUAAGGGAAUCCAAGCCUAGCCGGACUGAAACAGAUUCAACCUCAACCGUAUCACGGAGCACAAGGCGUAGCGACGUUGUCAAUCGAACUGUUUCUAUUCAAGAAACAACGCAAGAUACUACAACAGUAACGAUUGAGAAAACGAAAGCGGAUACGACACAUGCAGGAAAAAGUAGUGAGAUACCAGCGAAUAUAAAUGACGUCGACUUCACAACAAUGCAAAAAAAGAAAUCGCUGUCGCUAGGCAGCGUGUUAUCAACGGUUGCCAUAGUGAUUGGUUCAAUCCUGUUUGCUAUAAUACUUGCUGUUGGUUUUCGUGUGUGGAAGCUUGUCAAAAAGAGAGGUGCAGUUUAUGGCACUCAUUAUGCAGAUACAGUUGGUGGCAUUCACGAUGCAGGUGAAGUUGUUGGCGGUCACAAUGAAGAUACAGUUGGUGGCUUUUACGAUGCAGGUGAAGUUGGUGGCGCUCACAAUGCAGGUCCAGUUGGUGGCUUUCACGAUGCAGUUGGUGGCGCUAACAAAUCAAGUGCAGUUGGUGGCGCUUAUAAUGUAGGUGCAGUUGUUGUAACUCACAAUGCAAGUGCAGUUGAUGGCGCUCACUAUGUAUGUGCAGUUGUUGGCGCUCCAAAUGCAGGUGAAGUUUAUGACGCUUACAAUGCAGGUGCAGUUGGUGGCGUUCACAAUGUGGAUGCAGUUGGUGGAGCUGACAGCUCAGGUGAAGUUGGUGGCGCUCACAAUACAGCUGAAGUUGGUGGCGCUAACAAUGCAGGUGAAGUUGGUGGCGCUCACAAUACAGGUGAAGUUGAUGGCGCUCACAAUACAGGUGAAGUUGGUGGCGCUAACACUGCAGGUGCAGUUGGUGGCACUCACAAUGCAUGUGCAUUUUGUUGCGCACACAGUACAGGUGCAGUUGGUGGCGCUCACAAUACAGGUGCAGUUGGUGGCGCUCACAAUACAGGUGCAGUUGGUGGCGCUCACAAUACAGGUACAGUUGAUGGCGCUAACAAUGCAGGUUCUACUGGACAUAUUUUGAAUGGAAACGCUGACAACGCAGGUGCAAUUGUUUCCAAUAUUGACACUAACAGAGAUUUGGAAACUGCUUCAGAUUUCAUUGACGACCAUCAAGAUGGCGACACUUCGGAUAAUAAUAAAUUUUGAAAACACGAAAAGACCAAUGCUAAAAAUUUAAAAGACAAAGACUGUUUCGAGAAUUGAGACCAGAUGUAACACACCUCUGCAUAAUUGUUUCCACUGUUAUAAAGAUAGACCAAGGACCGCUUAACCAGCUCCAAAUCGAUCAUCCAGCGUUUACAAAUUUAACAGUUUUGUCCUUUGUACAUCUAGCCUAAACCAACAGUUAUGUGACCUUAUCUUCUUGAUAAAUCUUUAAUGUAUUAGGGACACGUUAUCUUCCCCAAUUCUUUUAUUUUAUUAUAGGAGAUGAUGAACUUUGAAACCCCAUAUAUGUUUUUAAGUUUGUAUUUAAAGAACUAAAUAUUUGCACAGGGGAGAAUAUUCCUUUCAAUACAUGUAUAUCAAUUUUGUACAUUCUGCAUUGAAUAUAUUAAGGGUACUUGUUUAUAUGUUUACAAGUUUUAUGCUGUCAACAUGUUUUUUGAAAGUAGUAUGAAUCAAAUAAUUUACUUACUUAUACGAACAAAGACCACUAAUCAUUUGAUCAAUAUUUAGUAAAUGAGAACUAUUAUAUUUUAGUAUAAUUUGCAUUAUUUUCGGCAAAAUAGAGCAAUAUCUGCCAUAUUUUCCAUACAUAUUUACACUAGAACGUAUUUCGGCUUUGGAUGAUGUUUUAUCGUCAUAUAUACGUGUCUCUUAAAAAUUAGUUCAUUAAAACCAAAACCUCUGUACUAACGAACAACGAAGGUAUAUUAAAUGUUCGCAUUUUAAUUAGUUGCUUCGUUAAAUGCUUAUGUUUCUAUUUAUGUUUGUUUAUGCUCUGCGUAUGUAAGUACCUGGACUCAUUAUUAAAAUAAAUGGUUAAUAUGGCAUUGUACCGGUUUGUUCGAAAUGAAUGGUGCCUCGGAUUCAGACGGUUUUCAUCGAAAGAGUGUCGUAUCUAAUAACUAUGCUGAGAUUGAACGUUGUCUCCGAUGAA